CCGUUCCAGCAUGAAGGGGAGGCGGGGUCUUCUCCUCGGCCUCAUCAUGGCAGCGUGUUUCUACGGCAACACCGCCGACAAGACAGUCUGCACUCAAGAGGCCGUAGCGGACAUCGUCUUCAUGGUCGACGGGUCGUGGAGCAUCGGCACCGAGAACUUCAAGCAGAUCCGUCAGUUUCUGUACACGCUGGUCAACAGCUUUGACGUCGGGCCGGAGCACGUCCGCAUCGGGCUGGUCCAGUACAGCACGGCUCCACGCACCGAGUUCCUGCUCAACACCUACCAGAGCAAGAAGGACAUCCUCGACUACAUCAACAACCUGCCCUACCAGGGAGGUGGCACCCAGACGGGGCAAGGCUUGGAUUUCAUGCUGAAGGAGCACUUUGUGGAGGCGGCAGGAAGCCGAGGCCAGAAAGUGCCGCAAAUCGCCGUGGUGAUCACCGACGGAAAGUCACAAGACAACGUGGAGUCCCACGCCCUGGAUCUGAAGAGGCAGGGAAUCGUUCUGUACGCGAUCGGCAUCAAAGACGCAGACGAAGAGCAGCUGAAAGAGAUAGCCAACGAGCCGCACAGUCAGCACGUCUACAGCGUGUCUGACUUCGCAGCGCUGCAGGGAAUUUCUCAGAGCAUCGUCCAGACGAUUUGUACGACCGUAGAGGAAGUUAAACGACAACUCCUGCAGUUGUCUCAAGAGUGUGCCAAAGCCACUGUGGCCGACAUCGUCUUCCUGGUCGACGGCUCCACCAGCAUCGGCAUCACUAACUUUCAGGAGGUCCGGACUUUCCUCCGCAGCGUUAUCAACGGCCUCGACAUCGGCCCCGACAAAGUCCGGGUCGGCCUUGCUCAGUUCAGCGACGAGCCUCACCAAGAGUUCCUGCUGAAGGACCACAUGGACAAGACGUCCCUGCUGGCUGCCGUGGACACAUUCCCCUACCGCGCAGGAAGCACCCAGACGGGCAAGGCCAUCCGGUUCAUCCAGGCAAACUACUUCACGGAGGAGGCGGGUAGCCGAGCCAGCCAGCGGGUGCCUCAGAUCGUCGUGGUCAUCACGGACGGAGAGUCCGCGGACGAUGUGAUAGGACCCUCCCAGGACCUGAGGAAGCACGGAGUCAUCGUGUUCGGCAUCGGGGUGGGACAAGCCGACAAGAAGCAGCUCGCGGACAUCGCCAACAAGCCUUCAGACCGCUUCACGUACGCCAUCGACAGCUUCCAGGCUCUGCAGAGGCUGACGGAGGGGCUGCUGCAGACUGUCUGCAUCUCUGUAGAGGACCAGAGGCAAGCCUUGGCAGAAAAGUUUGCCGACAUCUUCUUCCUCGUGGACAGCGGCUUGACCACAGCAGAGUUCGGUCAGGUCAGGACCGUCAUCGGACGACUGGUCAACCAACUGAACGUCGGAGAGUUCGGCUACCACCUGGGCCUGGCCCAGUACGGCCAGGAUGUCAGGGUGGAAUUCCUUUUUAAAGUUCAUAAAACCAAAGAGGAAUACGCAAAUGCUGUCAAGCGUUUCCGCCAGCGAAGACUGCCGUCCAACGAGCCUCGUAAUAUGGGCGUCGCCUUGAAGUACGCCAGCGAAAAUGUAUUCACCGAAGCGGCGGGAAGCCGGGCGGCCGAGGGCCACCGACAGUUCCUGGUUGUUAUAAGUGGAAAAGACUCAAGUGACCCCGUGUACAAGGAGUCACGUUUCAUCAAAUCCCAAGGAAUCACGGUGGUGGGGAUGAGCCUCGGAGCGUCCCUGCAGGAGAUGCGUCUUAUAGCCACUCCACCGUACAUUUACCAGAGCAUCAGUAACGCUCCAACACUGAAGACUAUCUUUGAAAAAGAAGAAGUGCAGUCCGUUCUUACUGGAGAUUGCAAAGCAGCCAAACUGGCCGACAUCGUGUUCAUUGUCGAUGAGUCUGGAAGCAUUGGAACGCCCAACUUCCAGCUGGUGCGAGCUUUCCUGCACUCGAUCGUGAGCGGCCUGGAAGUCAGUCAGUCCAGAGUCCGAGUGGGCAUCGUGAUGUAUAACACCAGGGCCGUAGCUCAGGUCUACCUCAACUCCUUCACCGACAAGAACGAACUGCUGAAGUUCAUCAAAAUCCUGCCCUAUCACGGGGGCGGUACGCACACUGGAGAAGCCCUGAAGUACGCCCUGGAGAAGGUCUUUGUCAAGGAGAAAGGAAGCAGGAAAGACAAGGGCGUGCAGCAGGUGGCGGUGGUGAUCACAGAUGGCGAAUCGCAGGACAACGUGAGCACGCCGGCGGCUGAACUCCGGCGGAAGGGCGUCACUGUUUACGCUGUCGGAGUGAAAGACGCCAACGAGGCGGAGCUGAUCGAGAUGGCGUCUUAUCCACCUCAUAAACACAAGUUCGUUGUGGACAGUUUUGCCAAACUGAAAUCUUUGGAGCAGAGUCUGCAGAAAAUGAUGUGCCAUAACAUCCUCCGGCAAGCAUUCUCAGUCAAUACAAGAAGAACCGGCAUUAAAGAAGGCUGUGUACAAACAGACGAAGCAGACAUCUUCUUCCUGAUCGACCACUCUGGAAGUAUUUACCCAACCGACUUCCAGGACAUGAAGAAGUUCAUCAUUGAGUUCCUCCACACCUUCCGGAUCGGGCCGCAGCAUGUCCGCUUGGGAGUGGCAAAAUACGCAGAUGCUCCAAAUUUAGAAUUUGAUCUGACGACCUAUUCCGAUACCAAGAUGUUGGAGAAAGCCGUGGAGGGAAUCAGACAAGUAGGAGGCGGCACGGAGACGGGACGAGCCCUGGAGUUCAUGGGCCCACUCUUUGACCAAGCAAUGGUCUCUCGAGGCCACAAAGUCCCCGAGUACCUGGUGGUCAUCACUGACGGGAAAUCCAGCGACGAGGUCAAGAUUCCUGCAGAGAAGCUGAGGGCGCAGGGUGUCGUCAUCUACGCCAUCGGGGUGAAGAAAGCAGAUGUAGACGAGCUGCAGGAGAUCGCCGGAAACCCCAAGAGGACGUUCUUCGUCAACAACUUCGAUGCUUUGAGGCCCAUCAAGGACGACAUCAUCACGGACAUCUGUUCUCAGGAUGCUUGCAAAGAAGUCCCAGGCGACCUCGUCUUCUUGAUUGACAGCUCUGGGAGCAUCUAUCCAGAAGACUUCAACAAAAUGAAAGGCUUUAUGAACUCCGUCAUCAGCAAGUCCGUGGUGGGGCAGGACGAGGUGCACGUCGGCGUCAUGCAGUUCAGCACCAUCCAACAGAUUGUGUUCCCGCUGAACCGCCACUACAGCAAGGAGGAGAUGUUCAAAGCCAUCAGCGACAUGCAGCAGGUCGGCGGCGGCACGCUCACAGGCGCCGCCCUCACAGACGUGUCCAAGUUAUUUGAUUCGAUCAAUGGAGGGCGUCCCGGCAUGAGGCAGAGGCUGGUGGUGAUCACGGACGGCGAAGCCCAGGACCAGGUCCGACUCCCCGCCGAGGCUCUGAGAGCCAAGGGGGUGAUGAUCUACGCCAUCGGAGUGGUGGACGCCAACACCACCCAGCUGCUGGAGAUCAGUGGCUCACCGGACAGGAUGUACGCCGAGCGGGACUUUGACGCCCUGAAGGACCUGGAGAGCCAGGUGGCCCUGGAGAUCUGUGACCCAGAGAGAGAGUGUAAGAAGACAGAGAAAGCCGACAUUAUUUUCCUGGUGGACGGCUCCACGAGCAUAACGCUCCCCAAGUUCAGGAACAUGCAGAAGUUCAUGGCGGCCAUGGUGAACCAGACCACGGUUGGGAAGGACCUGACUCGCUUCGGGGUGAUUCUCUACUCCACCAACCCCCAAGUUGUUUUUACUCUGAAUAAGUAUACUUCCAAGCGUGAGGUUCUAAAAGCGAUCGAUGACCUGAAGUCCCCAUACGGAGACACCUACACCGGCAAGGCUUUGAAAUACUCUCUGGACUUCUUCGACGCUGCAAACGGCGGCAGGGCGGCUCUCCAGGUGCCGCAGAUCCUCAUGGUGAUCACAGACGGCGACGCCACCGACAGUAACGACCUGGCCGCUCCGUCCGAGGCCCUGCGGGACAACGGCAUCAGCGUCUUCAGCAUCGGUGUGGAAGGAGCCAUCCAGGCGCAGCUGGAGAUCAUGGCGGGUUACGAAAAGUCCAGAGUUUUCUACGUGAAUAACUUUGAUGCCCUGGAAAAUCUGCACAAGAACAUUACUCAUGUGCUCUGCAACUCCACCAAGCCAGUUUGUGAGAAGCAGAAGGCGGACCUGGUCUUCCUGCUCGAUCAGUCCGGCAGCAUCAGAUCAGAGGACUACACCACCAUGAAGAAGUUCACCACAGAGCUGGUGAACAGCUUCAAAGUCAGCGAAACUUUAGUGCGAGUGGGCGUGGCCCAGUUCAGCAGCGCCUUCCAGAAGGAGUUUGUCCUCAACAAGUACUACAGCGAGCAAGCUGUGAACAAGCACAUCACAGACAUGGUUCAGCUCGGCGGAGGCACCAACAUCGGACUCGCCCUGGAUGGCAUCAGGAGUUAUUUCGAAGCGUCUAGUGGCAGUCGGAGAUCUGAGGGAGUCUCCCAGAACCUGGUCCUGAUCACGGACGGAGAAUCUCAGGACGACGUGGAGGACGCAGCCGACCGCCUCCGGGCUCUGGGCGUCGAGGUGUUCGCCAUCGGCAUCGGAGACGUCCACGACCUGCAGCUCCUGCAGAUCACCCGCACCCCGCAGAGGCUGUUCACCGUGCAGAACUUCGGCAGCCUGGAAAAGAUCAAGCAGAAGGUGCUCGACACAAUCUGCAAGUCUAAACCGCCACAAGAGCAAAGUGGCUGCAGCAUUGAUAUCGCCAUGGGAUUCGAUAUUUCCAAACGAAGCGGCGCUCCCGGCGAGAUGCUGAUCAGCGGCCACACCAAGCUGCAGACCUUCCUGCCGGACAUCGCCCACUACGUCUCGACGGUGUCGGGCCUCUGCUGCACCGGCACCGCGCCCAUCAAGACCAACAUCGCCUACCGGGUCCUGAGCCGCAACGGAGGCCAGCUGUACGACACCAACUUUGAACCGUACAGCGAGGACGUGGUGAGGAAGGUGAUGGCCAUGAAUCUGGCCGAGCCCACCUUCUUCAACACCGCGCUGCUGAAAUCCUUCAGCCAGAAGUUCAGCUCCCAGUCCGGAGCCGGCGUCAAGGUGCUGGUGAUUUUCUCAGACGGACUCGAUGAAGACGUGAUGAAGAUGGAGUUUGAGUCGGAGCUGCUGAGGAAGUCUGGAGUCAGCGCUCUGCUGACGGUGGCUCUGGAGGGCGUCAGCGACGCCGCUCAGCUGCAGAUGGUCGAGUUCGGACGAGGUUUCGGGUAUAAACUUCCUCUGAGUAUCGGCAUGUCGAGCGUCGGCAGCACCGUCCUCAAACAGAUCGACUCGGUGUCGGACCGCGAGUGCUGCGGCGUCAUGUGCAAAUGUUCAGGACACGAAGGGAUCCGAGGCUCCCGGGGGCCCCUGGGGUCAAAGGGCGUGUCUGGACAGAAAGGUUUCCCCGGGUUCCCAGGAGAAGAGGGCGUCCCCGGUGACCGGGGCGGUCCGGGGCCCAGCGGCCCUCAGGGGGUCCAGGGUUGUUCUGGGAUCAGAGGAAUGAAGGGCGUGCGAGGCCUGCGGGGGAACAGGGGCGAAGAGGGAGGAAACGGGCUGGACGGCGUGAACGGAGAACAGGGACUGACGGGACGAGACGGAGCUCCGGGACCGAGAGGAAACCCUGGAAACCCAGGUAUCCCAGGUAUCAGAGGGGAGGCGGGGCUUAAAGGACAGCGAGGACUCAGAGGAGAUCCGGGCGAGCCCGGUGCUGAUAACACCGUCCCAGGAGUCAAAGGAGACCCGGGGAACCAGGGGCUGCCGGGAAUUCCUGGAACAGACGGACGGGCGGGAGAGAGCGGAGGCGUCGGGAACCCGGGUCCAAACGGGAGACGAGGACCGGCCGGUCAGAAGGGUGCACCUGGACAACCAGGAGAUCCAGGACUGGCAGGGACCCCCGGAGCUUCAGGUCCUCAGGGCACCAGAGGGGUCAGAGGUCAACCUGGACCCAGAGGGAUCUUCGGCCUGCCUGGACCUCAGGGAGGACCAGGACCAGCUGGUAAUCCUGGUUCAGCAGGACGUCGUGGAGCCAACGGUCAGAAGGGUCAACCAGGAGAUCCAGGAGAUAAAGGAGUCCCAGGACCACUGGGACCCCGAGGGAUGCCGGGUCAGGAUGGCAGAGACGGUUAUGGACCUGCAGGACCUAAAGGAGUGAAGGGAGAUCCUGGUUUCCCUGGUUACCCUGGGCUGCUGGGUGAAGAUGGUCUGCAGGGACCUAAAGGAUUGCCGGGACGUAAAGGGAACCUUGGCCGCGGCGGAAACUCCGGGCGGCCCGGAGAGUCGGGAGGACCCGGAGAACCAGGAUACCCAGGACACACGGGUCCCAGAGGUCCUCCUGGAGACAAAGGACCCGAGUGCAAGCUGAUCACCUACAUCAGAGAGAACUGUGCGUGCUCCUUCGACCGAGUGGAGUGCCCGGCCUUCCCCACGGAGCUGGUGUUCGGCCUAGACAUGUCGGAGGACGUGACCCCGGCGGCCUUCGAGCGGCAGCGCUCCGCCCUGCUGUCCCUGCUGGAGGACAUCACCAUCUCCGAGAGCAACUGUCCCACGGGCGCUCGCGUGGCCGUGGUGGGCUACAGCGCCUACACCAAGUACCUGAUCCGCUUCCAGGACUACCGCCGCAAGAACCAGCUGAUCGACGCCGUGAAAAACAUCGCCCUGGAGAGGACGGCCAACCGGCGCCAGCUGGGCGCCGCCAUGCGCUUCGUGGGUCAGAACGUCUUCAAGCGGGUCCGAUCAGGACUUCUGAUGAGGAAGGUGGCCGUCUUCUUCUCCAACGGGCCGUCGCAGGACGUCAACGACAUAGUGACUGCCGUCAUGGAGAACCGCGGCCUCAACAUCGUCCAGGCGGUCGUCUCCCUGAAGAACGCUCCUGCGAUCGGCCGAGCCAUGGAGGUCGACGACUCGGGCAACUCCAUCUUCACGGUGCUGGGCAGGGACGCGGCUGCCGACCUGAGGAGGGUCCGGAGCUGUGCCAUCUGCUACGAUCCCUGCAAGCGUGCGGAUCAGUGCGCCUUCAUCCAGGACCCUCUGCCGCCUCAGGAGGUGGAUCUGGACCUGGUCAUGGUGCUGGACAGCUCCAGGGAGGUGAAGGCUGAUGAGUACGCCGGCGUGCAGGAGCUGCUGGGCUCCGUGGUGGAGCAGCUGGCCGUGAGCCCGCAGCCCCGCAGGGCCGGCAGCCAGGCCCGGGUGGCCGUGGUCCAGCAGAGCGGCACCCAGGCCGUCAAGAUGGAGUUCGGACUCGGAGGCUACCAGAACCACAACCAGAUGAGGAGGCACCUGAUCCGGAACAUGACACAGCAGGGCGGCUCCUCGGCGCUGGGCCGGACGCUGGAGUACACCCUGAAGGAGGUGCUCCUGAAGGCCGGCCAGCCCCGCAGGAGGAAGGCCCUGCUGACCGUGGUGGGGACCAAGACGGCCCACGAGGACCGAGCCAAGCUGCGCUAUAUCUCCCAGAAGGCCAAGUGUGAGGGCGUGGCGCUGUUCGUGGUGACGGUCGGCGAGGGCUACGACCGGGCGCAGGUGGAGGAGCUGGCCAGUCUGCCUCUGCAGCAGCACCUGAUCCACGUGGACCGACUGAAGGCCGACGAGCAGGGCUACACACAGCGCUUCUUCAGGGUCUUCCUCUCCGCCCUCGGCAAGGGGAUGAACACGUAUCCUCCUCCGUCUCUGAAGCGGACGUGUGACCAGCUGAAGGAGGACGGAGGACAAACCGGAGGACAGAUAUUCAUUGAUGGUCAGCGGACGGCCGUCAUCGAGGAGGAGGAGGAGGAGGAAGAGGAGAGGUUUGAGGAGCAGACGGGACCAAAGACUGAGACCGGCCAGCUGGACAUCAGCCACACUCUGAUCAGAGGAGACGGACAGAGAUUCACCUCGCUGUCUCAUGCCCAGUGUCAGCUGCAGGCUGAUGCUGGUAUCCAGUGUGCGGACUCUGUCCAGCUGUGGUUCUUUGACAAAGACGUGGCUGCAUGCUCGCCCUUCUGGUUCGGCGGCUGCGGCGGAAACGCCAACCGCUUUAACACGGAACACGAAUGUUUCCGGACAUGUGUCGCUCAUAAUCCGAACAUCCUGCCGACGCCGGAGCUCGCCAGCUUCACCUCCAAAGACAGCUGUUUCCUGCGGCAGGACCAGGGCGGCUGCCAGAACUACACCAUGAUGUGGUUCUUCGACACCGAGCAGAGCGAGUGUUCCCGCUUCUGGUACGGCGGCUGCGGCGGCAACGAGAACCGCUUCAAGACGCAGGACGAGUGUGAGAACUUGUGUCUGACCAAGAGCCGGUGAGGAGAACCGGAGGAACCGCCGCCGCCGCCGCACGCCACAAAACAACAACACAAACAACAACAACCGCACGCAUCUUGAAGGAGGAACGCCGGAGAGACUUCAGGAACCUUUGAAGAGCUUUGAGGAGGUUCUGGUCCACUCAGUUUCUGCUAGAACGCCUUCAGGGAACGUUCCCACUGGUCCAGAACUUUUAGGAUCUGAAGUCACGAAGAAGAGUUUUGUUCCGAGUUCCUCAAAGUUUUUUUUACACAUUUUGCAAUAGAAGCUGUUAAUCAUCAGAGACACUGAGUUACUGUUUGUUCUGGUGCUAUUUUUACUGAAACACGUCUGUUAGAGAGUCAGAAUGAAUGUUUGAAGGAUCAGAAACAUUAAAGUGUUUAUGUGAACCACU